CAGAAGGAGAGCUAAAUGGACAUUACGUUUAGGACAGAACGGUUGUGCAGUGAAAUACAUAUACUAGUGCUACAUUACGGACAACCUUAUUACAGCUACACUACAUACUCGGAUAUUAUUCUUUUACAAUUUUUGGAGAUUUUCAAUUUGAGAUUAUUUAUACGAGGAAUGGGCAGCAGUGUGACGUUUUUGGGAUAUCUAGUCUCCCUAUUGCUGUGUUUGUCCCUGUCAGCGGGCAGAUACCUAGAAGCGCGAACUCCCUACGGAACUUCAAAGCGACAAUCAUCACGGAGAUUAGGUCAGGAUUUAUUCUUCAAGAAGAAUGGUGAAUUACCUCGUAAAACGAUCGUAUUGGACAAAAGUGCUGUGUUAACGUGUCAAGUUGGCGGUGCCCCUCCCCCUACCAUACAUUGGGUGAAAGAUGGACAGCACAGGAUAGAACAGGGUGACAUGCUUUCAAAUACAAACGACGAGGCGUUUUACGAAGAUGUCGUUGAUAAGAGUGGCCGUCCAUUAUUGAGGAGAAGUUUUACCAAAGCCUUGCUUUAUCUUGACUGUAUCACACCGGAUAUGGAGGGUGACUACUCAUGCGUGGCGGACACACCCACAAGGAGGAUAACAAGUACUACAACCCUCUCCGUAGAUAGAAUGCUAGAUGACGGAGAAGACAGCAGUUGUCUCAUCAAAAGAACAUUAACUGACAAAAUGCCAGCACGUGUGUUCUUGUGGACGAGUAACCGAGUAGAGAAAAGUGGCGCUGCAAUUCAAUUGUUUUGUCGUGCGGAGGGAUAUCCAACACCUCGAAUUAUGUGGAAGACCCCGAAUCGUGAGAUAAUCACAGAUGACAAUUUGGGAUACGAGCUUUUACCAAAUGGCGAUCUUCUGAUCCGAGAUGUCCAAUGGCGUCAUAUGGGCGUGUUUGCCUGUAUAGCCGAAAAUGAUUCCGGGACAGAUAUGAAAUCGACAUUUGUAUAUCCGACCAAAUGAGUGAAGCCUUCUACCCUUAAUGACGAUAUACAUGUACGGCCACGGUGACGGCGGUAAUAUACGUUCAUAUUGCACGUGGUUACCUUGGUGACGAACUGUCUCUCUCUUACUGUGAUGUGCAUUCGUUAACGUUGUGUCACUGACAUCUAACUACUAUUUAAAACCAACAAGGUGCCAUGGAGAAGAUUCUCGUUUACAAGAGGUAGGAAGGAGAUACGCAAGAUGAUAUUAUAAAGCUAACAAUGCUGAUCUAGUCAGGAGAGGAGGGAAGGAGCUCCUAGACACACCAUUGAAUCAAAGGCAUUUUUUUUUAUUUUGGAAAAUGUGCAAUGAACUGUUUGUGUUCUGUGUUUUAUUAAGUCAUUCCCAUCAAUUUCAUUGUAUGUCGUGGAUCAUUGCAGUAUGUUUGUGCAUCUCAUUAAAUAUCAGAAAAGAAUUCCAGGUGGUCGACGAGGACUUUUAGUUUCCGUCGUAGAGGGAUCAAGAAAGUCCGAAGAGUUAUGUUCUUAAGGAGGAAUGUAUAGAAACACAAGUUAAGAAAGUAACUUCAAAUCCGGGGUUAAGGAAUAGAGUAACGUUUUAAGUAACUUCAUAUCAGAGUUUAGGAAUAGAGUAAGGUGUUAAGUAACUUCAAAUCAGUUAAGCAAUAGAUUAGUUUAUACUGAAUUAUGGAUAUACUGCACCAUCGUCCUUCUAGGACACGUCCUUGGUGUUGGGGCCAAACUAUGUGGAAAUCCAAAAGGGAAGUCAAGAUGGGCCCAGAUAACUUAAAAGUGGGGAGGUGCAUUGACCGCAUAAUUUAAUCAGUAUCAUGAAAGUGAGACAUAUCAUGUCUACCAGUCGUAUUGUGCUCACAUUGUAUUGUGCCAUUUCCUGUACAAAUGAAUUUAUUUAUUGAAAUAAAUAUUUAAUUUAUUGUGUUUCAAAUUCCAGUAAAUGCUCAAUUUAUUGACUAUUUAUCAAGUUAUGUGUAAAUAAAUGUUUCAAUUUA